UUGGAGUGUAUUGCGUGCAGGCAUUCAGCGCGGGCAGGUGUUGGUAUAAGCGGGGAAGAAGAAGAAGAAGAAGAAGAGGGAGAAGAAGAUGGCGGACGUGCUGAGCGUGCUGCGGCAGUACAACAUCCAGAAGAAGGAGAUAGUCGCCAAGGGGGAGGAGGUGAUCUUCGGAGAGUUCUCUUGGCCCAAGAAUGUCAAGACCAACUACAUCAUCUGGGGGACGGGGAAGGAGGGCCACCCCAAAGAGUACUACACCUUGGACUCCAUCCUCUUCCUGCUCAACAACGUGCACCUGCCACACUCCUCCUACGUGCGCAGGGCAGCAACAGAAAACAUCCCUGUUGUCCGGAGACCUGACAGAAAGGGCCUGCUGUCCUACCUGAAUGGCGAGAGCUCCACGUCCACCAGCAUUGACAGGAGUGCACCCAUAGAAAUAGGCCUGCAAAGACCCACACAAGUCAAAAGAGCGGCUGAUGAAGUGUCUUCGGAAGCCAAAAAACCAAGGAUCGAGGAUGAGGAGCGAGUGCGCCUGGACAAAGAGCGUCUGGCUGCUCGUCUGGAGGGCCACAAGGAGGGCAUCGUACAGACCGACCAGAUCAGAUCUCUGUCCGAGGCCAUGUCCGUGGAGAAGAUCGCCGCCAUCAAAGCCAAGAUCAUGGCCAAGAAACGCUCCACCAUCAAAACCGACUUGGAUGACGACAUAACUGUGAAACAGAGAAGCUUUGUGGAUGCAGAAGUGGACGUGACCAGAGACAUUGUCAGCAGGGAGAGAGUAUGGAGGACCAGGACAACCAUUCUCCAGAGCACUGGGAAGAACUUCUCCAAAAACAUCUUUGCCAUUCUUCAGUCGGUGAAAGCCAGGGAGGAAGGCCGUGCUCCGGAACAAAGACCAGCACAGAAUGCUUCUCAGGUGGACCCAGCCCUGAGAAACAAGCAGCCGGUGCCAGCUGCCUACAACAGAUACGAUCAGGAGAGAUUUAAAGGAAAAGAGGAAACGGAGGGUUUCAAGAUUGACACCAUGGGGACGUACCACGGCAUGACUCUAAAGUCUGUGACGGAAGGAGCGUCUGCCAGGAAGGCCCAGACCCCCGCACUGCAGCCCGUGCCUCGGCCCAUUUCACAAGCCAGGCCGCCACCAAAUCAGAAAAAAGGCUCCCGCACGCCCAUCAUCAUCAUCCCCGCUGCCACCACCUCCAUCAUCACCAUGCUCAACGCCAAGGACCUCCUGCAGGACCUCAAGCUGGUCACGUCGGAGGACAAGAAGAAGCAGGGCAUCCAGCGUGACAACGAGGUUCUUCUGCAGAGGCGCAAGGACCAGAUCCAGCCUGGUGGAAACACACUCUCUGUCACGGUCCCCUACAGAGUCAUCGACCAGCCUCUCAAACUGGCACCUCAGGACUGGGACCGAGUGGUGGCUGUCUUCGUGCAGGGUCCUGCCUGGCAGUUCAAGGGCUGGCCGUGGCUGCUGCCUGACGGCUCUCCCGUGGACAUAUUUGCCAAGAUUCGAGCCUUUCAUUUAAAGUACGACGAGGCCAAGACGGACGUCAAUGUGCAGAAGUGGGACGUGACCGUCCUGGAGCUCAGCCGCCACAGACGCCAUCUGGACCGGCCUGUCUUCUUGCGCUUUUGGGAGACCCUGGACAGGUACAUGGUGAAGCACAAGUCUCACCUGCGCUUCUAAGGCGGAUGGCGGCGUCCAGAAGUGAAUGUUUGAAAUAAAGGCUGAAUAAAAGUGAAUAUUAGUGUGGAGGUGAGCACUACAUAUUCCUUCCCCGGAGCACUUGCCAUGCAAGCCUGGAGAAUGUUUGUGGACAUGAUGGAGGGUGACAGGAAGUGGGACAAUUAGAUUCCGGCCUUGUGUCAACACAGUCAAUUAGAGGUAAGACUUGCCUAUUUUCAAUAUGUAUGAUUUUGGAGUGUUUGCGGCUGGAUGUACAUACACGCUACAAGAGAAAGAUAGAACUGCUGAAGAAAGCAACUUGCGUUUCCCUUUUGAUGCCACGAUAGUCGGACUUAGUUGAUGAAAGUAUUUGGCGAUGGAGCAGAGAGGACUAUGCUUGAAUAAAGCUCUGUGAAAGCA